UUACCCGGGCUACCCUUGAAAUCUCCAUCUUGCCUCCUCUGCCUGCUCAGCUGCUUCCCUGCCUGGGAUUACAGGUUGUCAAGGUAGGCUUAUAGCCCUUUUCAACAAGGAUCAAUGACUGCAAUAGUUCUUUAAGAAAAGACGUGUCCACGUUGGAUGUGAAAGGACGCUUCCGAAACGGUGUGCACUCUGUGGAGUGAAGAAUACAAUGUUUCUUACUUCCCUGGCAAUGGUGUAAGUCCAGUUCUUGCCAUGCACCCAACCGGGAAUAUGGAUGCUGGCUUUUCUCGUUCUGCAGUUCAGACACUGUCACGAAGUCACUGCAGAAACAUCAAGCAAAAAAUCUCUCAGUGGGAAGGAAGGACUAAUGGCAACUCUAGCCCAGCCAAGUGGCGUCCCAAGGACUUUGGAGUGAGGUAUGGCCACUGUCGCCAAGUUCUUCCUAAGGAAAAUCUUCUGGGUGAGGGGAGGAGCAAAAGGUUGGAUGUUACCAACUCCCCAAGCACGGGCUUCCAUGUGAAAGAUGCCAGAAGCCGCGAUCAAAGUGAAGAUGAAAGUGAGAAAGCUGACUAUGGAGACAGGCACCCUUGGAAGAAUGAGGAAGACCCCAGUGGAGUCUUCUCUCGGGUCACACAGAUUGAGAGCUGGAAAGCAGUUGUUUUGGAUCCAGGGACUUCAUUACCUCCAGGAAACUUGUAUACCUCACAGAUACUGUGGAAAAAACCAGAAGCACUUCCCCCAGAUAAAGUCUUCAGUAUGGCUUUACAACACUGUGACUCUUCAGCCAAAGAACUGAAUCUCAGAAUUCUUGAUAGUUCUUAUGGAAUAACCAAGAGCUUGGAAAAUAUUUAUUGUGAACCUGAGGGGCAAGAGUGCGGCCCUUCUAUAAACCCUUUGCCAAAGCCACGCAGGACCUUCCGCUAUUUAUCCGAGUCUGGGGUUCUACCAUGUAAAGAAAGAAACUGUGACAGAAAGUACUGUGAAGAUCAUUCAUGUGCAGAGGCUUCUCUGGCCUCUUCUCAGGAACCUGAACCAAAGAAAUAUGGUGGAAAAAUAAGAGGACGAUCAAAAAGGAAAUCCUUUGAAUUUGAGGAUAUUCAGCACUUUCGAAACCGGAACUCACCCAAGAUUCAUGAAGAACUUGGAAGAAAUUCUGGUUCAGCACUUUAUUUCACACAGUCCGAGGAUAAUAUCUACGAAGAUAUCAUAUAUCCCAGCAAAGAAAAUCCAUACGAAGAUAUCCCAGUGCAGCCUUUACCCAUGUGGCGGUCCCCUUCUGCCUGGAGACUUCCACCUGCUAAAAGUGCUUUCAAAGCACCUAAGCUUCCUCCCAAGCCUCUGUUCCCUCACCGGAAGACGAUGGAUCUGAAGAACUCCCAAGCUUGGUUACAGCCAAAGCUGACUAAGGAUACCACUUUGCCAGUCACUUUAACUGAAUGGAAACUUUUCCGAGCUGGGGAAGUUGCAAACGGAAAAAAGAGAAAUCUUCCAAGGCUUGUAAUGAAAAUAGAUGACAUAUUUGAGUCUAAGAGAGGGAAGAAGAGGAUAAAGUUACACCCUUACACUGGAAAGGAAGUACCUCCUUCAAAAGGUGAAACCAGCGGGAACGAAAGCGAUGGCGAGUACCUGCCAAAGAAUCGCCAGAGGCGCGUGACACAGCUGCAGCACUCUACCAAGAGGAACCCUCACUACCAGACCUUGGAGCGGGACCUGAUCGAACUGCAGGAGCAGCAGCUGUUUGAGCUGUUUGUGGUGGUGUCUCUGCACCAGAAGCCCUCAGGGGCCAGCUAUGUGCCCCAGGUCAUCCAGCAGUUCCCCAACAAGGGUGACCAUGGUUAUAAGCAAUCUAAAGACACUGAAGAGAGGCUCAAAGUUAUCCCAAAAUUUUGUUUUCCUGAUUCAAAGGACUGGAUGCCAACCUCAGAACUAAAGAGUGAGACAUUCUCCUUUGUCUUGACUGGUGAAGACGGAAGCCGGUGGUUUGGUUAUUGUAAGAAGCUUUUGCCAGAAGGCAAAGGAAAGCGACUUCCUGAGGUGUACUGCAUAGUUAGUCGCUUAGGCUGCUUCAAUCUGUUUUCAAAGAUCCUUGAUGAAGUAGAGAAGAGAAGAGAAAGGUCUCCAGCCCUCGUGUACCCAUUCAUGCGAAGUGUAAUGGAAGCUCCUUUCCCAGCCCCUGGACGCACCAUCACGGUGAAGAGCUACCUGCCGGGGGCCGGAGAUGGGUCCAUUGAGCUCUGCCGACCACUAGAUUCACGACUGGAACAUGUGGAUUUUGAAUGCCUUUUUAAGUGCCUGAGUGUAUGUCAUCUCAUCCGGGUCUGUGCCUCUCUCCUUCUGGAGCGGAGAGUAAUCUUCGUUGCCAACAGCCUGAGCACCUUGUCAAAGUGUGGCCAUGCGGUGGUAGCCACCCUGUACCCCUUCACCUGGCAGCAUACUUACAUCCCCGUCCUACCUGCCUCCAUGAUUGACAUUGUGUGCUCGCCUACCCCCUUCCUCAUCGGAAUUCUGUCUUGCUCCUUACAUCACCUUCAGGACCUGCCCAUCGAAGAGGUGCUGAUAGUUGAUCUCUGUGCAGACAAGUUCUUACAGGAGGUGUCGGAUGAGGGUGAAAUUCUGCCACCUAAACUUCAAGCUGCCUUGCUGCAGGUUUUGGAAGAACGAAAUGAAAUCUUGGUUCAGGAGCGGCAUCUUUCACAAGAUGUGACCCUCAGUUCUCUGGUGUCGGAAGCCUUUGUCAGGUUUUUUGUGGAGCUUGUGGGACACUACUCUUUGAGCAUGACAGUCACUGAGCGUGGGGAGCGCGUGUUCCUGAGGGAGCCCUUUCGCAAGUCCCACACCUCCCGGAGUGCCCGCCACUUCCUCGACCUUUUCAUGGAGACUCAGAUGUUUGCGGGUUUCAUCCAGGACCGAGAACUGCGGAAAAGUGGUGUCAAAGGCUUAUUUGAGGUCCGGGCUCUGCAGUAUUUGCAAACAAUUCCUGAGUCUGAACCCAGUGGAGUGAACAGAAUUUUGCGGAGUCUUGGUAGUAAAAUGAAAUUUCUGCAGAAGAAAUGAAGUAUUUGCCUCUAUCCUAAAUAGAGCUGAAAGUCCCAAGGACAUUAUUUUUCCUAGAGUCAGGAUGUUUUGGAGUUUGCUACAAAAUCCUGCAAUGUUAAGAAGCCAAGAAGCAGGUCAGGCUCCAUGACUCCCCUGUUGCUGCCGGAGACUUGUUGGAAGUAGUGUGGAACCGAUGCUUCCUUCCUCUGCCUCCAAUUUCCCUUCACAAUGGCCUUUUCUCUUUGAUUCUUGGGCCCAUCUGUGUAUUUUAUGCUUAUGUCUAUGAGGACAGUUGUCUUCUAGGAAGGAAAGACGUGGUGCUGCAUUUACAGAACCAUUCAAAGAUGACUGAUGAGAGAAUGGAUGCAUUUUAGGUACUAGAACUGGGAGGGUCGGCCUUACACACAUAGCCCUCAUCACUGAAUCAUGGCAGCUAUAAACUCAUGGGCCAUUGGAACUCACAGACUUUUGUCUGAUGUCCUGUCUAGGGAGCUCUCACUUAAGUGGAAGCCUUACUUCUUGGCACUGUUAGCCAAUGCUUUAUAAAAGUAGACAUCUUGGAAGUGGUAUGUGGCUCACGUGAUAGAGCACCAGUCUUGAGUGAAAAAAGCUAAGUAAGAGUACAAAGUCAUGAUUUCAAGUCGCAGUACUGGCACACACUCAACAUAAACGUAGACAUCUUGUGACUCUUCCUCCACAAUGUGUAUGGUACUUGAGUAAUUGGUCCUUCAUAGGUCAUUAAACUGUACUUGACAGAAUUACAGUUAACAUGAAAAUGUCCUUUUGGAGACAUGUAUAUUUGUGUGUGUGUGUGUGUGUUGCUACCAUCAAGUAUUUGUGUCUAUAUUUCAAGCCUUACAUCAACUUGUGCCUCCACUUUACCAACAGAAGGAACUGGAAUUUAGAGGCUAAUUUGGCCAGUUAUACAAUUCAUAUAGAACUGAAGCCAGGACUCUUAGCUUAUGAACAUCAAGUUGUUUAGUCUUUUGGAUGAGAAUUUGAGCUCUGUUGGAUUACAGCUAAUUAAAAGUUUUCCAUUAAGUAUAAUGCAACCACCUUGAGGCUGUGAGGAUAAGUGGUGUGGUGCCUACCUGAGGCCUUUUUUUCUUUCUGUGCUGGAGAUAGAAUGCUGGGCCUCUUACACAUCUCCAUCUAGUGAAAACUGUUGGAACUUGUGCUGUACAUUUGACUCUGAAUAUGUGUGCUAAACAUAUGCCACUUCCUCUCCCAGCUCUCUAAUACCUAAAGUGGUAGCACUGAUUGGUAAAGAGAAAUUGGUCAUAGAUAGGGUAGUUUCCUUCAAUAAACGUAGCAAAUGUCA